AUGCGUUCACGGAGUGGUUCAGGUUUUCGUCUCGAUCGACUAAUGUAUUUAGUCGAUAAAACGAUUCUUAGCCAUCAGAAUCCAAUCACUGCAUUAUUUGCAUCUGACGAAAAGAACUUUCCGGGUCAUGCUUGGGUACGUGAUAAUGUAUAUGCAGCACACGCACUUUGGGCUAUGUAUCGUGCCUAUCAGAAAAGUGCAGAUUUCGACGAUGAUCUUGCAAAGGCGAACGAACUUGGCUUAACAUGUGUAAAAUUGAUGCAGUCAUUGAUGGAAUGUAUGAUGUUACAAUCCGAAAAAGUCGAACAAUUCAAAACUUAUCAACGUCGCAACGAUGCGUUACAUGCUAAAUAUUCGGUUGGCACUAAAAGUACUGUGUGCGGUGACGAAGAGUGGGGUCAUUUACAGCUUGAUGCCACUUCGCUUUUUCUACUUACUCUCGCCCAGAUGACCGCAUCUGGUUUACAAAUAGUUCGUAAUUUUGAUGAGGUCGCAUUCAUACAAAAUCUUGUUUAUUAUAUCGAAGCCUCCUAUCGAACUGCGGAUUAUGGUAUCUGGGCACGAGGUGAUAAGACCAAUCAAGGAAUAAGAGAGUUGAACGCGAGUAGUGUUGGCAUGGCAAAAGCAGCGCUUCAAGCACUCAACGACGUUGGUGAUUUGUUUGGGGAUGGCUCUAAAGGUUCUGUUAUUCACGUAUUACCUGAUCAAAUCGAACAGUGUAACGCCGUAUUGACAUCGAUGUUGCCGAGAGAAUCAUUUUCAAAGGAAACCGAUUCGGCUCUACUGACCGUAAUAUCGUAUCCGGCAUUCGCUGUUGAGGAUCAGCAUUUGAUCCAAGAAACUCGUGAGACUAUAACUGAACAAAUGCUGGGCAGAUACGGCUGUAGACGUUUUUUGCGUGAUGGGUAUAAAACACCGCUUGAGGAUCCCACUCGGCUCUAUUACAACAACUCAGAAUUGCAACAGUUCGAGGACAUCGAAUGUGAAUGGCCAUUGUUUAUUUGUUAUUUAAUGCUUGACGCAAUGUUCGCUCGCGACGAUGCGAUGGUCGAGCAAUACUGGCGUAUAAUGGAAGAUAUAGUCAUUGUGAAAGAUGGCUGUCGUUUGGUGCCAGAACUGUACGCGGUGCCCUACGAGAAGGUUGCAGCUGAAAAGCAUCAACGUGGUACGCAGGACAGAGUACCGGCUGGUGCAACGCCAUAUCUAUGGGCUCAGUCAUUAUAUAUUAUUUGCUGUUUACUGUAUGGCGGCUUUCUCACUCCAGCUGAAUUGGAUCCAUUAAGCAGGCGUUUAUCUGCGUACGAGAAACGACCACCGUGUGAAGUACAAGUGUCAAUUCUGGCGGAAAACUAUGAAGUUCAACAAGAUUUAUUAACUCACGGGAUUGUUGUUCAAAGUAUUGGUGAGGUCGAAGAAGUUUUCGCCAUUCAGCCCGCUUCUUCAUUCGCAAAAAUUCUUUCAAGAUUGGGUCAAUCAAAAAAACUCAAUUUGACGGGUCGACCACUCGAUAUCGAUGUCGGUGUACUGAGUACAAGUCGAAUUUACCAGCUUGAACGAAAAUUUGUCAUUUUUACUCCGCAGUUUAUGGAUCGACGUCGAUCACAUUUGAUGUACGAUAUUCGUAUAUUGAUGGAUGAAUGGAGCUCAGAAUUGCAGUAUAUUUACAGUACUUGGAAUAGCACCAGUGUAUCUGGCCGUCCACUUGUUGUGUUAGUUGUAGCGAAAAAUAUGUUAGAGGCGGAUUCGUCAUCGAAUAAAAGUGCGUUCACUAGCAGGCAUAUGAUAUCAACUGUAGUGGGUACGAUCAAAAAAAUUGCGACUGGGUAUAUCGGUGGGGCGAGAGUGGUGAUGAAAAAUAUUUCUGAAUUCUUCUGUACGACGGCAGUCAGUAAAUUGGAAUUUCACGAAGGGAGUGUUGUUGAUUUGCUGAGUGAAGAGGAAGAAAUGGAAGCGCGUGGAUUACACCGCAGUUUACCUUCAGCUGACGAUGACCAGAACCUCGUUGUAGCUCCCAGAAAAGUGAGUCGUUCAAUAUCAAAGGAUCGUAAUGAGCAGUUCGACAUCGUUCAAAAAAUGUCAAUGCGUCAUCGAAGUGUGAUGCUUGACAGUAAUGACGUUGUUUCAUCUGGUGUUGCAAUCUUUUCAGAUUUGGCCAAACUACGAUUAGCAUAUGGCACUCAUCAUGAAAGGUCUCGUGGGUCUGAUAAAUAUCGAAACGCCUCUCCAAUGAGAUUGCUUUCACCAGUACGCGAGAAACGAUCGAGUCCAUCUCCUGAAGAGAUUCCUCUUAAGUCUCUUCCAUCAACUGCACCAAACGCACUCCAAACAACUUCUUCAUCCUCAUCAAUCAAAAGUGUAUCGAGUGACUCCGAAAAACGAUUGGAUACAGCACAAUUGGAUGUAAUGUCAGCAUCAGACCUUGUGGAUAUGCUCAAUGAAACGAGUGUUCUCGAUGAACAAGCAUCCAUCGUUCAUUAUCUAUGGAUGAAAAAAGGUCCCGAUUUUGACACACAUUUGAAUGGUACUGAAGGUUCGACGGUGAGGAUGUUGGUUGAUGAAAUAUAUGGAAAGGCUUGCGAGUGCCGUGAUUGGGCCCUUGUUCGGUUAACGGCAGGUCUUCUGAAUCGACAGUUGGACGAAUUGGCAAAGUCUGUUACGUAUUUGUUGGUUCGUCAAAAACAAAUUACAUUGGGGAUCCCAUCGAAGAAAGAAGAAACAAUCACAUCACCAAAAACCAAAGAAGAACUUUCAAAAAUACUAUCACGUGCCUAUGGUGAUGACCCUAACAGUUAUACGCUUUCACAGGAAAUAAUUGUUUGUUUGGGAUCAUUGGUGCGAACAGAACCACGCCUUUUUGUCGAAAUGUUCCGCCUUCGUGUUGGACUCAUCAUUCAGGUACUCGCCAGUGAGUUGGCUCGUCUCAGACAAAUAACAGGAACGGAUGCAUCCCAAAAACUAUUGGAGAUAUCACCGUUCGAAGUGAAGUCGAUGCUGCUGUCCUUGUUGAGUGGACGACUUCUUGAAGAUUUGAGUGAAGAAGCUGAAACUGGUGCCAAAGAACAGCGUACGGGUAUGGGAUCGAUAAGAAAACAAAUCGAGGAAAGGCGGUCAAUGCGCAAAUCGCUACAUUCAAUAAAAGGAAGUGAACACUCGGUGGAGAUGAGUCUCUUGGAUCUGCCAUUAGUGGAAGAUGAAUCCGUUGAGAGUGAAGAUUUUCAGUUUGGUAUAUGGCUUAGGCAUCGUCGAAUCGAUGGCGCCCUCAACCGCGUACCUCCUGAAUUCUUCGCGACUCUGUGGGAUACCGUUCGACGUUUUCCACGCGGACUAUCGAUCAAUCGUAUUGUUUUACACUGGGGACUCACUCAGGAGAUGACUCGCCGAGAAAUGAAAUUCGCUUUACAGGUGGAACAAGUAUUGAAUCAGAUAGCCGAACCAGAAUAUCGUGAAAUGAUCGUUGAGGCACUUGCGUUACUCGGUAAAAUGGAUAUACUGUUGAAGACGGAUCGACCAAAUAUUCCAUGCGAUCGUGCAUUCGACGUGGAUAGCGUUGUUCAUCUAGCCAACAAAAUAUUUGUGGAGCAUAAUAGACAAAUGGAAACGAUCGUAAUGGAAUGUUGUGGUAGUGGUAAACGGUGUGAUGGUGCUCAAGGAAUGUGUCAGCACUUUUACGAUUCAGCUCCAGCCGGCGAAUAUGGCACCGCACAUUAUCUCAUCAAAGCAUUAAUGGAAAUCCUUGGCCCAGCUAACUGA